AUGGCGCACGACGCACGGAUCGCGCCUCUCUCGGCAGGCGAUGUGCGCCGCAUGGCUGGGGCGCAAGUAGUGCCAGACCUGCGUGCGUGUGUGAAGGAGCUGGUGGAAAACGCGCUGGAUGCUGGCGCGACGAGUAUCGAAGUGCGAUGGAAAGAGUACGGCCUCGAUGCGAUUGAAGUCAUCGAUAAUGGAUCUGGUAUUGCUAAAGAGAACUACGAUGUGAUUGGCCGGCGGCAUCAUACGUCCAAGCUCUCAUCGUUUGAAGACUUGGCGCAUGUUCAGACCUUUGGAUUUCGUGGCGAGGCGCUGGCAUCUCUAUCGACAGCCAAAGAUGCGCCCAUGGGUACGCUUUUGGAACUGGCGUCAGAUGGCUCGUUGGUAUCGAGCGAGAAACGCGUGGCACGUCAGCGUGGCACCACCGUCACAUUGACCGAUCUGCUCACCUCGCUUCCCGUCCGCCGCCGCGAGCUGGAACGCCACGUGAAGCGGGAGUACAAUAAGGCUUUUGCUAUGCUGCAAGCGUACGCGCUCAUCACCCAAGGCGUACGUUGGGCUUCGUACGUCACAUUGCGUGAUGGCAAACGUGUAUCACAGCUGCUGGUAAGCGCAUCACACGGGCCCAAGUACCUCCAAGCCAAUGUCGCCGCGCUCUUUGGCGCCAAAGCCAGUGCGUCGAUGCAGCCCAUCGACGUGACGCUCUCCUUGCCAUCCCAUACUGUGCGUGUCCAUGGCCUCGUGUCGAAACCGAUGCCAGGAAGUGGACGGAGUAGUGGCGACCGACAAUACUUUUACAUCAAUGGGCGGCCAUGGGACAGUAGCAAGAUGGCACAUCUCUUCAAUCAAGUGUACAGAACGUUUAACGCUACGCAGUAUCCUUGCAUCAUUGUCAAUUUGGCCAUGGAUACGCAGACCUACGAUGUCAAUGUGAGCCCAGAUAAACGACAGGUCCUUCUUCAUGAAGAAGCAGCCUUGCUGGAGCAGGUUCGAGAAGCCCUCGAAACCGAGUUCUCACCGAGCCGAGGUGUCUUGCCUGUGCACCAUAUCUCGGAGCCCACGAAACGUACAGCGCCCAUCCUUGACGAGGAGGAUACAGAGCCUAGCAAGGUGCGUCGCUCGACACGUGAUACCAUCUCGGUCGCCCAAGCGUCUUGGUCGCAGACCAGCACGCCGCUUCCUUCGCAAGAGACGCCACCUACCUCCUCGCAACGGUCCAGUACGUCGAUGCAAGAACAGUUCCAACGCGCUGUCCAAAAUUUCGCACAUAAAACGCGCGCUGUGGCUGUAGCUGAGCAUGCAUUGGAAUAUGAAGAAUCCGAGGAGGAGGAGGCAGAGUGUAAUGACAUGACGGUCCAAGUCAACGAGGCGCUAUCGCAUAUCGAGAAAGUAGCGUCACCGCCUGGGCAUGCGACUAUCGACGAGCUUUCAAGGCCAUCGCCAGUACCUAUCUCAAGCGAUCACGAGGAGGCGCCACGUCGUGGCCGUAUACCUUCCCCUCCUAUAACUGUGCGUACCCAGGACUGCGAGGUGGAGCGUCCCACGGAGGUGGUCACACCUACGCUACCAAGCGACAAAGUCGCCAUGAAUUUAGCAGCGCUACGUGCACGCAUUGGGUCCGUAUCGCGACCCCAUAUACCCCGGACAUGGGAAGGUGCGGACGUUUCGCGGCCAGAACAGGAAGCUGUCGCGGCGUUGGAACGUGUCAUUUCCAAGUCUGACUUUGCGUCGAUGGCCAUUGUCGGCCAGUUUAAUUUGGGCUUUAUUAUCGCACGACGAACCACUAGCGACAUGGACGACUUGUUUAUUAUUGACCAACAUGCGGCAGAUGAAAAAUACAAUUUCGAAAAGUUGCAGCGCGAGACGCGUUUGCACAGCCAACGACUCCUGCUCGCUCAGCGCUUGGAACUAGCGCCCAGUGACGAACUUGUGGCCCGCGAGCAUGCUGCAUGGCUGCGAAUGAACGGCUUUGAGAUUGAGGUGGACGAAGAUGCGCCGCCAGGCUCGCGCAUUCAGCUCUUGUCGAAACCGGUCAGCAAAGACACGGUGUUUGAUUUGCAUGACUUUGAGGAGCUUCUAUCGCAGCUGCGCGACACAUCAUCGUAUGGUGUGGAGCGUGUGCGAUGCAGCAAGGUGCAGGAAAUGCUAGCGAGUCGUGCGUGUCGAAAGAGCAUCAUGGUCGGCUCGGCGUUGGAUCGACGGCAAAUGCAUAGCGUCGUAAAGCAUAUGGGCGAGACAGAGCAGCCGUGGAAUUGUCCCCAUGGCAGACCCACCAUGCGACAUCUCACGACCAUUCCUGCGCCCUCGCCAUCGCACCGACUGGCAUGGACCAUCCUAGGUGGUUUGUAG